GACUCGUGUACCUGACCCUCACAGCGGUGACUGCGGUCAGCCUCAACGAGCACACGACUGGACCUGUGAGUGGACGCCACACUGACGGGGUCAACAAACUGUCGUCAAAGGUCAUAGGUCAGGGCGAGGUGACCCCCGCGGGUCAGGGGGUCAGGGAACAGAAGGACAAGCGGUUCAUCGAGUCUACCGCCGGGGACAUUCUCUACCGGCGGGCGGGGGGAGGGGGUCACUCCAGCUCGGGUUCGAACCUCGGGCCUGUGGUGACUCACGCUAUUGCUCCACCACUCGGGCCGGGGGUUGGGUUCCAACCCCAACAACAACCACACAACGACGCAGGUGCAGGCAGAGGUCCAAGCCGGACGGGCCAGAAGUUCACAAAGUUCAACGACUCGUUCCCCGAGAGGUGGGUGGAGUGGCGCGAGGAACAGGCCAACAAACGCUUCUUAGAGGAGGCGGCGGCUGAGAGACAGGGGGGUGGGCAGAUUGACGGGCAAGAUGGCGGACUAGAUGGCGGACAAGAUGGUGGAGAGAUUGUGACACAGGACGGCGGAGAGGAGAAACGGUUUCUGGAGUCUAUCGCCGGACACAUCAUUCGGCGAGAAGAAGGUGGUGACGUCCCAUACGGUCAAGAUGGCGGAAGGGAGAAACGGUUCAUCGAGUCGAUAGCUGGACAUAUCAUCCGGCGCGGAGAGGGAGGGGCGAGUGGGGACGAGGGGGCGAGUGGGGGCGAGGGGGCGGACAGAACCCAGGAGAAGAGAUAUCUGGACGGUAUCGCAAGCUCGUUGAUCAAACGGCAAGACGUGCUGGGUUCUGACGUGGCCAUUGGGAGCACGGGGAACAGCGGGCCGGACAAACGAUACCUUGACCACUUGGGUAGUUCGCUGGUCAAGAAAUCUGAUGGACAAGACAAACGAUACCUUGACCACUUGGGUAGUUCGCUGGUCAAGAAAUCUGAUGGACAAGACAAACGAUACCUUGACCACUUGGGCAGUUCUCUGGUUAAGAAAUGGGACGAGGGUGACCAGGAAAAGAGAUAUUUGGACCACUUAGGCAGCUCACUAGUGAGAAAAUCAGAUAGUCAGGACAAGAGGUAUUUGGAUCAUCUGGGGAGUUCUUUGGUCAAAAAGUCAGAUGGUCAAGAAAAAAGAUAUUUAGACCAUUUGGGUAGUUCACUGGUAAAAAAGUCUGACGGUAUAGACCAGGAGAAGAGAUAUUUAGACCAUUUGGGAAGUUCUUUGGUGAAAAAAUCUGAUACUGAGGAGAAAAGAUAUUUAGACCAUUUGGGAAGUUCAUUGGUGAAAAAGUCAGAUGGUCAAGAAAAAAGAUAUUUAGACCAUUUGGGAAGUUCUUUGGUCAAAAAGUCUGACGGUAUAGACCAAGAGAAGAGAUAUUUAGACCAUUUGGGAAGUUCCUUGGUGAAAAAAUCUGAUACUGAGGAGAAAAGAUAUUUAGACCAUUUGGGAAGUUCUUUGGUCAAAAAGUCUGAUACUGAAGAGAAAAGAUAUUUAGACCAUUUGGGAAGUUCGUUGGUGAAAAAAUCUGAUACUGAGGAGAAAAGAUAUUUAGAUCAUUUGGGAAGUUCGUUGGUCAAAAAGUCUGACAGUCAAGAAAAAAGAUAUUUAGACCAUUUGGGUAGUUCACUGGUUAAAAAAUCUGACAGAGAAGAAAAAAGAUAUUUAGACCAUCUGGGAAGUUCGUUGGUGAAAAAAUCGGAGAGCCCGGAGUUGGCAAGAUUUGAGCAGCGGAUGUUUACAGACUACAACAACGACCUUGUUGCUAUGGAGAAAGACUUCCUGGAGAAGAACAGAGAACUCCAGCAGUCGAGCCCGGAUGUGACGUCACAGGGGAACAAACGUUAUCUGGACAGGAUCGGCAGCUCGCUGGUGAAGAAGGAAGACGACGAGGAUACAGAGGUGGACGAAGACGGAGUGGGGCUAUUUAUAGAUUUGGAAAAAGAUGAAGAUGAGAACGACUUGAGGCAAAUGGCGGGCACGAGAGCAGGUAACCACAAGAGAUAUCUGGACCGUGUGGGCAGCUCGCUCAUCAAGAAACAGGCGCAGGCUCAGAAACGAUACCUAGACGGGAUCGCAAGUUCGCUCAUUAAAAAGGAAGACAGAGGCCAGAAACGAUAUUUAGAUGGAAUCGCAAGUUCACUCAUAAAAAAAGAAGACAGAGGCCAAAAACGAUACUUGGACGGGAUCGCAAGUUCGCUCAUUAAAAAGGAAGACAGGGGUCAGAAACGAUACUUAGAUGGCAUCGCAAGUUCACUCAUCAAGAAAGAGGAUGGUUUCGUUGGCGACAUCCCAAACGGACAAGAAAAACGAUAUUUGGACGGUAUCGCCUCUUCCCUGAUAAAGAAAAAUGAACUAAAAAGCGAAAAGCGUUAUCUGGAUGGUAUCGCAAGUUCCUUAAUAAAGAAAGACAACGUACAAGAAGAAAAACGAUACCUCGAUGGCAUUGCCAGCUCUUUGAUUAAAAAAGAAGUCAGACCCGGACAGAAACGAUAUCUAGAUGGUAUUGCAAGCUCUCUCAUAAAAAAGGACUCGACAAACGAGAACAAGCGAUAUCUGGACGGUAUCGCCAGCAGCUUGAUCAAGAGACAGGACUCGGUGAGCGAUGAAGAAAAGCGAUACUUGGACAGUAUCGGCAGCUCUCUCGUGAGGAAAUCGUCCUCUACGACUCCGUACAAACGAUACCUGGACCAGGUUGGGAGCUCCCUGGUGAAGAAAGGGGCAUCAGAGAUGGGACCAUACGAGGUGAUUCCCGAGGCUGUCUACGUGGGGGAGGGGAUCUCUGCGGGCGGGGAGGGGCCGGUGUACGUCACCAUUGACGGUCAGCUCCCCAUUUUGGCCAUGUCCGAGACUGACCUGCCAAUGGCCAGCCCCAGGAAGCGGAUGUACGAGGUGACAGAUGACGUCAUGACCGGAAGUGGUCACCAACAGCUGGUGGACGAUAUGGCGGCGGCGAUCCACGUGUCGGCCAAAUGGGCAGGACUGACAGGUAAGGUCGCACCGGCCACGUGAGCACUGUAUGGUCAGGCCGACCCACGGCCAUGGACGCAGUGCGGGCCUCCGGCGUGGCCCCGGGCCGGGAGUCGAGCAAGGCCUACCUUCGCGAGGCGCUGAGGGAGUAUGUGAGGGGCGUGGCCACGGAGGUGUUAGACAGGACCAAGGUGUUGGGGCAGAGCCUCACAGACGGCGGCCAGCGGGGGGAGGAGUCAGAGGAGCAGGGGGCGGGGUCUCAGGGGGAGGGGUCAGUGGAGGGGGCGGGUUCUCCUAGCGGCUGGACCAAUGAGAAGCCAGGGUGGGGGAACGAGGCGUACUACAGCGGUCAGGAGGAGACCAGGGACUUUUUUGACAGCCUGGCUGGUGGGAUUCUCACCUAGGUCCUUCUUGUUUGGGCCUUUUUGUCUCGUUCUUGUCACAUGCCGACUUGUUUUUGUUCCAGGAUCACUUUUGUAUUAUGCUUUUAGUUCCCUGCACACACGUUGUCUUUGUUUGGUUUGGAAAACUUUUCCCGGAGCAGAAUUAAUUAUAAACAGACAAACAAACAAACAGACAAACAAACAAACAGACAAACAAACAAACAGACAAACAAACAGGCGUUAUGAUAUUGAAAACUUCCUGUCACCAGACAAUGUUGUGAGAAUAAUACAAUAAUACUAAUAAAAUUAAUAAUAAUAAUAGUUAUAAUACAUGUAAUACUAACAUUACGGAUCAUUAAUUUCUCUAUUGCCCACUCCCCGACGGCUCUAGGCGUUUCACAAUCAAAUAUGGUUUUUAAGUUGACGUUUCAUCAUACUGGCCAAGUAAAUGUACAACAAUUCUUCCAAAUACACACACCUGUACUCUGACAAAAGGACCCAUACACAAAUACACACACCUGUACUCUGACAAAAGGACCCAUACACAAAUACACACACCUGUACUCUGACAAAAGGACCCAUACACAAAUACAUACACCUGUACUCUGACAAAAGGACCCAAACACAAAUACACACACCUGUACUCUGACAAAAGGACCUAUACACAAAUACACACACCUGUACUCUGACAUAAGGACCCAUACACAAAUACAUACACCUGUACUCUGACAUAAGGACCCAUACACAAAUACAUACACCUGUACUCUGACAUAAGGACCCAUACACAAAUACAUA